AUGAAUGAGGAGCUGGAGCAGCAGCACCUGCUGAUUGGCGACCUCACAGACCACACAGACACCAGCCAGCUGCGCCUGCGCGGCCUGCGCAAGCGGAUCAAAGAGGUGACCGACGCGGCCAGGAACGACGGCCAGCUGAAACUCAUCGCGGUGCU